UCUCAUUCUAACCGUGUAGGUUAAUAUGUUAGUUCAAUAUCUGGGUUAUAUACCAUAUUAUACUUACCUGGUAUACCAGUAUGUGGUGUUGUCGUUACCAGACCACAGGUAAUCGGCACGCCCACGUGUAAUGUGGUGACACUCGCUACACGUGGUAGUAGUACUCGGAGAUACACACAGAGCAUUGAACUACACGGAGAUACACGGAGUUAAUGGGAGAUACACGGAGUUAAUGGGAGAUACACGGAGUUAAUGGGACAUACACGAUCAGGAAUAUAAGGUGAUCUCAGGAAGGGAGAUUUUUUCUCGAGAACUGGAAUGGUUUUGUCUUGAAGAACUGUCUUCGAGCUCUAUUUUGACAGACGUGAAUUUCGACAGUCGACUUAGAACAAUCAAACUUGUGACGCUCUGAUUUACAGGAAACAGUUAUGAAGAAGUUGACAUUAUUGAUACUAGGUUUGGCGCUGGCUGUGUAUGUCCUGAUAGGGGGCGCUGUGAUGAUGGCACUGGAAGAAACCAACGAAUCGGACACUAAAACAACCACUAGAUCCACCUUCACGGAUUUCCUGGCGGCCAAGACGUGUGUGACGUCUGAUGAACUGGAGACGUUUGUCAGGGCUGUCAUCACAGCGUACGACCAGGGUAUCAUCGCCACCAACCAGUCUGACAGCGCCUCGCUCUGGGACUAUGGAAACUCGGUUUUCUUCUCCAUGACGGCCGUCACUACUAUUGGGUACGGUAACCAGAGCCCAGCCACGAACGGCGGCCGUGCCUUCAUUGUGGUUUUCGCCCUGAUAGGAAUACCUUUCUGUGCACUGUUUCUGUCAGGGAUUGGGGAUAAAAUCGCAGGACUCACAAAGUCAUUUCAGGAAAAGAAAUUCUCAAAGAACCACGAAGUCGCCGAGCAUCGUCUUAAGGCUUUAAUCGUGCCUCUUACUGGCCUUAUUAUUCUAGUGUUCAUACCAGCCGCCGUUUUCGGCGCCAUUGAGGACUGGGCGUACGGCGAGGCCCUUUAUUACUGUAUAAUUACACUGACAACGAUAGGAUUUGGGGAUUUCGUCAUAGGGACUGAAAACGCCGCGUAUCGACUGGCCUAUCGUCUGCUCACGUUGGUUUGGAUAUGUAUUGGACUAGCCUACAUAGCCUCGCUCAUAUCUCAAGCACAAGCAGAGUACACAAAAAUAGCAGAAAAGGCGGACUCAGAAAUCACAAAAAAGAAAGAGAAAAAGAAUGGCAGCAAGACAGAGGUCGGUGCUUCAGACGACAAGGGAGGGGAAAAUACCAGAAAUAUCGAGCCUUGAACAAUAAUUGGGCCUGCCAUUUGUUAAACGAUCUGUGCCUAAUUAUUUCACGAUUUCCAGAACAGUUAAUAAAAGUCGUACAGUAUUUUUCUUGAUGCGAGCUUAGAACGGACAGAGGCUUGUUCAACUCGUGGUGUGAUUAACUGGUAUAUUUCUAUUAGAGUCAGAUAGUCUGUGAAUUAUUGUAGAGCGGUCGAGAGGCUUUAAUAUUGAACAUUAUUCAGACAAAUGAAAGAUAAAGCUGAUCCAUGACGAAUCGAGCUGAAAAUCCACGUGUUAUAUCAUUAGACUGGUGACCAUCAAGUUGACUAGAGUUGUGUUGUGAAGUCGAGGCAUACCUUAAACUAGGACAUACUAAUCUAUUGUACUUGUUAGGUUAUAGUAAGUCUGAUAUUGUUUUUCUUGGUCUUUAGUAGAAAUAUAAUGUUUCCAUAAAUGGAUUUUUUCCGUGAUAAUAACUAUAUUGCGUUACAAUAUGGUUUAUACAGGUACAAAGAGAAACCCUUGGAUUUGGGAGAUGUAAGGUGACACACAAUGACGGUCCAGUGUUGAGACCAUGUCGGUCUUUUACCAUGUGACUAGUAUAAACGGUACACAUUUAUACCGCUGGGUAGAAUAGAGCAGUAGUUCUGCUUGUGUCAUUGGAUCCAUCGAGCUUAUAUAUAUUAUACAGUAUCUCACAAACUGCUUGUAUAUGUUAUUCUUGCGAUGCUUUCAGGCAAAAGUUAUUAAAUCAUGCAAGUUUAAUAAAGAAUUGUUUAGUUUCAAAUAUUUUGUAUGUAAGUCAAAGAGGUAUGUCACAUAUUGGCCUGUUUCGACCUAACGGUUACCGUUUUCAAAAUAAAAAAAAAAAAUGUUUAAAAUUGAGGUUUUGAAUACAAACCUUAAAUCUAUAACAAAUAAAAAAUACUAUUUGCGAAAAAUUUCUUUGUUCAUUGCAAUGGAUAUUUCAUUAAAUGACCGUAAAGUUGCAUCAUCGGGCUAUUUGCAACUUUCGAGGGGGCUUUCCCACAUUCAUAUCAUUUUUUGACAUAGAGCGCAUCGGAAGACCAACUUUUACAAUGUCUAAUUUUAUAUAAAUUAUUUAGAAUAAAGACAGAAAUGUUGAGAUAGAAAAUUUUCACUUGAAUAAAAUGAGUGAAAUUAUAACCGAAUUACUCCGUAUCAUUCAAAGUAAAAUGUAAACAAACUUGAUGUAUGGCAACUGUUGGAUGAGAUGUAAUACUGUCAUCGUGAUUGACCCCUGUGAUAUCGCCUAUUGAUUGUACUGAUAAUGUCUGAUAUCACUAAACAAUUAGUGGAUAUCGUCUAUUGUACUGAUGUCUGACAUCACUAAACAAUUAGUGGAUAUCGUCUAUUGUACUGAUAAUGUCUGACAUCACUAAACAAUUAGUGGAUAUCGUCUAUUGUACUGAUGUCUGACAUCACUAAACAAUUAGUGGAUAUCGUCUAUUGUACUGAUAAUGUCUGACAUCACUAAACAAUUAGUGGAUAUCGUCUAUUGUACUGAUAAUGUCUGACAUCACUAAACAAUUAGUGGAUAUCGUCUAUUGUACUGAUAAUGUCUGAUAUCACUAAACAAUUAGUGGAUAUCGUCUAUUGUACUGAUAAUGUCUGAUAUCACUAAACAAUUAGUGGAUAUCGUCUAUUGUACUGAUAAUGUCUGAUAUCACUAAACAAUUAGUGGAUAUCGUCUAUUGUACUGAUAAUGUCUGAUAUCACUAAACAAUUAGUGGAUAUCGUCUAUUGUACUGAUAAUGUCUGAUAUCACUAAACAAUUAGUGGAUAUCGUCUAUUGAUUGUACUGAUAAUGUCUGAUAUCACUAAACAAUUAGUGGAUAUCGUCUAUUGAUUGUUAUUAGUGGAUAUCGUCUAUUGAUUGUACUGAUAAUGUCUGAUAUUACAAAUUUUACAGCAAUAUCAUUUAUUGUAUAAGUAAUAUUACCGAUUCAGUUGGUAUCACAAUAAUAAAAUUACGUUAUAAAGCUUUCCGAUGACUCAAUAAGACGAAGAUUGCGGCGACAUCAGAAAUUCAAACUGAGUAUGUGAUGUCAAUCAAAGUCGAUAUAAAGAAGUCGCACAACUUUUGGUGUUACAUUGGUUUGUAUUUAACACAAAACCUCUCUAUAAAAUCUACCAUACAGCUGGAAUGUUACAAACACAUACCUUUUACCAUCACAGAAGUUGGUAAUACAAAUGUACAUUCAAUACAGUAAAACUAAUAGAGUUUUAGAUCUUUGGCCGCUAUACAUUGUGUCCUAAGCAUUGUGUCCUAACUAGUUCCUUGUGCAUCAUCUAAACAACACUGUUCAAAGUGUGACCUUGUGUGACCUUGCUCUGACUAGUAUGAUAACAUGAACAUUUUAUCUCAUACAUUUGGUAUAAAG